AUGAGAGCUGUGGCCUGCAACGGCGCUUUCAGAGGCCAACUGGGAGCAUCAUGUCUGCGGCGGCAUCUCUCAACCACAUCCCACCUUUGGCGGGCUCCUCUUCCUAAGACGCCUGUGAAGCAGAAAGCGACAGCAAACAAGGGAAGCUUGGCUGCUGCGCUCUCAAAACUACAUUCUUCAAAGCCAGCACCUCACUCCCGAGUUGAUUCAGUUAGCCAUGGCCAUGAUCCCAACACCCGGCUGCGGCUUGACUUUGGCAAAUAUUCUGGACGACACAAACUCUUUCGCUCUACUGUGCUCCAUCGCUUUCAAAUUGUACUAAAUAAGCUGGGAGCAGCUCGGGUUGGCGUCACCUUUAGCGAAGAUGAGCUGAGUCGCCACGCAGCCGUCUUUAUGGACGCCAUUGAUCAUGCAUUCUCGCUGGCGGAAAAGGGAAUCACUCGCCGUGACAAGAAUUCGCUAUUCUGGAAUCUGCGCGAUGCCUUUGUUUCUGGAGAUAUAAAAGGCCUUACCAAGGAGGUCCACUACUCGUUCCAGUCCUUCAUCUUCGGCCAGCGCUUCUCUAAGAACAUCGAGGACAGUCACAAGCGUCUGCUCGACUUUCGAUUUCCCUACGAAUGGUUCCCUGCGACGCGGACGAUGCAACGCACCAUCCACGUCCACGUCGGGCCUACCAACUCUGGCAAGACGUACAAUGCGCUCAAGGCGCUGGAGAACUCCAAGUGCGGCGUCUACGCAGGGCCUCUCCGGCUGCUCGCCACCGAAGUGUACCAGCGCUUUAAAGCGAAGAAUAUCCCCUGCGCUCUCAUUACCGGCGAAGAAGUGCGCAUCCCUGAAAACACGGACCAGUACUUUUCCAGUUGCACGGUUGAGAUGAUACCGCUCAAUACCCGUUUCGACGUUGCGGUCAUCGACGAGAUCCAGAUGAUUGCCGAUGCCGAUCGUGGAAAUGCAUGGACCGCAGCCGUGCUGGGCGUGCAGGCUAAAGAGGUCCACGUGUGUGGCGAAGAGCGAGCUGUCAAGGUCAUACAGCAAAUGUGCGCCAGCGUUGGAGACAAGUGUGUUGUUCAUCGGUAUGAGCGCUUGAGUCCUCUUAAGACGAUGGACAAGCCGCUUGACAACGACUACAAUCUCCUGCAAAAGGGAGAUGCCAUUGUUGCAUUUAGCCGUGUAAAUCUCCAUUCACUAAAAACAAGCAUAGAGAGGAAAACAGGGCGGCGUUGUGCAAUCAUUUAUGGAUCACUGCCGCCAGAGGUUCGGGCCCAGCAGGCAGCUUUGUUCAAUGACCCCGACAACGACUAUGAUUUUGUUGUUGCUAGCGAUGCAAUUGGCAUGGGAUUGAACCUUGAAAUUCGACGGGUCAUUAUGGAGUCUGUUACAAAGUUUGACGGCAGUCAAAACCGACUGCUGACUUUUCCCGAAAUCAAGCAGAUUGGCGGGCGAGCAGGACGAUACAGAUCGGCACAGAAUCCAGAUGGCUCGACGGAUGAAUCGGAAAAAGUCGGCCUCGUCACUACUAUGGAACGGGCUGAUCUGCGCAGUGUACAGCGAGCGUUUCAAAGAAAUGUCGAGGACAUCCAAGCAGCCUGCAUCCAGCCUCCAGCAGGCAUCGUGGAGCGAUUUGCUUCAUACUUUCCAUCAGACACCCCCUUAUCCUAUAUCCUCAAAAGAAUCCAGGAGACGGCAACAGUCAGCUCGUUAUACAAAAUGGGCCUCGGAUCCGACAUUUUGGAAAUCGCAGACAUCAUCCAGGAUAUUCCGCUUACCAUUCACGACCGGCUAACUUUUUGCUACCUACCCGUUGCGCUCCGCGCCGAACGAGCCGUGGACGUGCUUCGAGCUCUAGCACAGGUCGUAGCCACAAACUCAAAGGGCGAUCUCCUCGACAUUGAGGAAAUCCCAUUAGAAUUCCUCGACAUAAACCCCGAAGACUUUUCAGGAUCCGGCCAGCAGUAUCUUUCCAAGCUGGAAGCGCUGCACGUUGCUCUGAACCAAUACGUGUGGCUGUCGUAUCGCUACUCGGGCAUGUUCCGCAGCCAAGCUCUGGCGUUCCACGUGCGGACGCUGGUCGAGGAAAAGCUCAUGAAAACGCUGGAGUGGCUUAAUUACAGCGACGAGCAGCUGGAGCGGAAGCGACAGAGCAAGCGCCAGCAGGUCAAGUCUCGCAAUGCGAACAGGUCUGCGAUUGGUGAGGGGCAUGUGGAAGGUGUGGAGCAGCAUCCGGAUGAUGAUUUGGUGAUUGAUGAAUUACCUGAGAGGAAAGAAGAGGUGCCCGCUGUAUGA